UGCCGCAGCGGUCCCCAGCGAAGUCCAAGAAUGGGAAAUCGAGGAGGGAAGCACAGCGGUGACCCCGCGGUUAAGGCUGAACGCUGCGAGUGCGCCGCGUGCUCUGGGUUUCUGGGGUCAGAAGGGCCAAAUAUCGCUUGUAGCGCAGGCUGAGCCCACUUCACAGCCUCAGCGCGCUCGAAAGCAAGAGUUUAGCUUAGAUAAGGGGAAUGUCCCCAAACGGUGGGGCCUCGUGCGCACGCGCCUUGGGUGGAGGGCAGAUAGGGGAGAGCUAGGGGGAGCUGCGAGUUGAUUUUGGAGGGGGCGGAGGGAGGGCGGCGUGUGGCUGGAGAGGACAGAGACCGAGCUUACUGUGCAGAAGUGGAGGAAGGCGGUUGCCGCCACCCCCCUGGCCCCCCGCCGCUAGUCCGUCUCCCUAGGCGCUGCGGAGGCGCGGGGCCUGCGGCGCGGCGUCGUGACGUCACGGUGGCGGCGGCCGUGGUUGGCGCACGGUCCGCGGCUGCAAAGUGUGAAUUACGCCGGGCUCGCGCCGGCGGCGGAGUGAAGUCAGGCUCCGGGGGAGGGGAGGGGCAGGACGGUGGCGGCGGCCCGAGCUGGUGGCUGGUCCCAAGCGCCGCGCGCUCUGGGUCUCGCCUCUGGGUCCGGCAGUCUUUUCUUGCACCGCUUUCUUCUGUCCUUGCUCCGCUUCUGCUCUGCCCUCCCCGGACCCGCUCCUCCCGGCCGAGGAGCCCCGGGGCGGCAGGGUUCCCCCUCCGACUUUGCCUGUGCUGCCCCCGCUUGCACCCCGGAGCCGGGCGCGCGCCGGUCCUCGUAACUGUCGCCGCGGCCGCCGAAGCGUCUUCCCGCCGGCGGCCCGGGCGGAGUGUUGGGGUGGGGAAGGCGUGAGCGCGGCUUCCCGGCCCGGGGUCGGCGCCCGCCCGCCCUGCCCCCGCUUCGGCCCGGCGCCCCCGAGCCGCGGCCCCUUCCCAGCGCAGGGGCCGGCAGCCGCGGCUGGGCGGGCGCCGGGCGGGGGCAGGGCGGGCGUAUUCAAUGGAAGUAUGUUACCAGCUGCCGGUGCUGCCCCUGGACAGGCCGGUCCCCCAGCACGUCCUCAGCCGCCGAGGAGCCAUCAGCUUCAGCUCCAGCUCCGCGCUCUUCGGCUGCCCCAAUCCCCGGCAACUCUCACAGAGGCGUGGAGCUAUUUCCUAUGACAGUUCUGACCAGACUGCAUUGUACAUUCGUAUGCUAGGAGAUGUACGUGUAAGGAGUCGAGCAGGAUUUGAAUCAGAAAGAAGAGGUUCUCAUCCAUAUAUUGAUUUUCGUAUUUUUCAUGCUCAAUCUGAAAUUGAAGUUUCUGUGUCUGCAAGGAAUAUCAGAAGGUUACUAAGUUUCCAGCGGUAUCUUAGAUCUUCACGCUUUUUUCGUGGUACUACUGUUUCAAAUUCUCUAAACAUUUUAGAUGAUGAUUAUAAUGGACAAGCCAAGUGUAUGCUGGAAAAAGUUGGAAGUUGGAAUUUUGAUAUCUUUCUAUUUGAUAGACUAACAAAUGGAAAUAGUCUAGUAAGUUUAACCUUUCAUUUAUUUAGUCUUCAUGGAUUAAUUGAGUACUUCCAUUUAGAUAUGAUGAAACUUCGUAGAUUUUUAGUUAUGAUUCAAGAAGAUUACCACAGUCAAAACCCUUACCACAAUGCAGUCCAUGCUGCAGAUGUUACUCAGGCCAUGCACUGUUACUUAAAAGAACCUAAGCUUGCCAGUUCUGUAACCCCUUGGGAUGUCUUGCUGAGCUUAAUUGCGGCUGCCACUCACGAUCUGGAUCAUCCAGGUGUUAAUCAACCUUUCCUUAUUAAAACUAACCAUUACUUGGCAACUCUGUACAAGAAUACCUCAGUACUGGAAAAUCACCACUGGAGAUCUGCAGUGGGAUUAUUGAGAGAAUCUGGUUUAUUCUCACAUAUGCCAUCAGAAAGCAGGCAACAGAUGGAGACUCAGAUAGGUGCUUUGAUACUAGCCACAGACAUCAGUCGCCAAAAUGAGUAUCUGUCAUUGUUUAGGUCCCAUUUGGACAGAGGUGACUUAUGCCUAGAAGAUGCCAGGCAUAGGCAUUUGGUUUUACAGAUGGCUUUGAAAUGUGCUGAUAUUUGUAACCCGUGUCGGACCUGGGAAUUAAGUAAGCAGUGGAGUGAGAAAGUAACAGAGGAAUUCUUCCAUCAAGGAGAUAUAGAAAAGAAGUAUCAUUUGGGUGUGAGUCCACUUUGUGAUCGUCAGACUGAAUCUAUUGCCAACAUCCAGAUUGGCAAAUCUUCUUGGGAAGUCAAAUUAUGAUCAGCGGUUACUUGGUGAGCAUGGAUUCUGAGCAAGGGAAGCAAGUUGCCUCAUGCAUCCAUCUCCCUAUGGGGAUAUACCUGCUGAUACUCAUGUUUGUGGACCAGGGUACGCUCUUCCCUUGGAUGAUGCUAGAGAUUCUCUGCCAGUAGUUGCUUCUCCACAUCAGCCUCUGGUUGGCACAUCCAGUAGAUCUGUCAAUACCUUCAGCUUUGUCUCAGUUGAGCCUGCCUCGGCUCCAUCUGCCUGCGUGUGAUUGCUUCUGCUCUGAUCCAUUAUGUGUUUCUUACUGUUUGAUAGUCAAAGGGUUAUCUUCUUAUUUCCAUUCUUGAGAGAGACACCUCAGUGUUGCUCCCAUUUCCUGCCUACACAUAAUAAACCCACUAAGAAAUUAUGUUUUGUUACUUACACGUGGAGGUCACAGUCUACAGUCCUGUUCUUAAAUAUAACCUAUAUUCCUUGAACAUUGAUUUUCUAGAAGAAAUUUGAGGAAACUGUUGUUCAAUAAUUUAGAAGAUUACACUUAAUAUAAGUAAAUGUUAUGGGACAGAAUUAAAAUUCACAUGAAUUUUUAAAAUGGGAGACUUCAAAGAAUUGUUGAGCAUGUAGCAGCCUUUUGGGGCUCUAGGCCCAACACUUCAGUAGUGCGGGGGGCAUCUCCUCUGCCCUGGGGCUAAAGGUCCUUGGAGAGAAAAUUUUGGCACAAGCCUUAGCUUAAUGAAAAAAACAAAACAAAACCUCUGGUACUUGGUCAUUAUUUGUAUUCUGUAAAUGUGAUGGUUUAUAAUGAUCCUCUCUGUAUAAAAGCAGCAAAUAUUUUAUGUCCUUUUAAACCUGGGAAAUAUAUUUGUGCCUGAGGUACAGGUUAGAGGUGCUAGUUGUUCUUUGAAGAUUCCUAUAAUGGUUUCUUUUUCCACAUGCUUUCCUGGCUCUUAAAGCUUUCAGUUUUCUUAAAGCUCUCAAACUUUCACACCAGAGGUUUACAGUGUUUUCAUGUGAACUUUUUUUAAUGUAUAAAUAUAAAAUCCUCUCCCAGUCAGUAUCUCCUGCUUGACAAAAUAUACAAUGAAAGACAGCUAAUACGCAUUCACUAAUGUUUUUUAAAUAAACGUGCAAGAGUUCGUCUGAGCCAUUCCUUGCUUACUAAGGAUCCACAGACAACCUGUGUCUUUUGGAAGGCCCCCAAGGGCCCAUGGUCUGUAGGUGGAGUGACCACUACUUGGAGGUGAACGGACAGGGAGCACAGAGCAGGUGUCAUCCACCUUCUAGCCUCUCGUGCUUAGCACAGGGCUAGUGUAAAUUGGGCCAUCAAUAAAUGUUUCGUUGAACAAACUAAUUUGGUAUUAAUGUGUUUCCUCUUUAGCCAUCAGUCUAACAUUGAGAGGUUAUAUCGAAACUGGUCUGUCUGUGCUGAGUCAUGUGGUCAGCAACAUCUGGGUUCCUGUUGUAUGCAGAGAGCACUGCAAUGGAUGUAAUAAAGGUAUUAAAAAUUACAAAACCCUGGUCUCUGUUCUCAAAAUGUUUGGGUAACAAAACGAUGUGUGAAAAGCAUUCUAUAAUAUGGCAGUUUCUGUGCAAAAUACUGGGGUGUGGUUUAGGAGAAUGAUUUAGUUUGGUGAAUGAUGAAAAUGACACCAUUUCUAGUAAUUCUUGAAUUUUUUUAACAUCCAUGACUGGUAAAAUCAUCUAGCCUUCAAAUUUGAUUCUAAUAUACAUUCUCCACAUCUUCACCAACACUUGUUGAUGAUAGUCAAUCUGACAGGUAUGAAGUGAUACUGUGGUUUCAAUUUGAUGACAGUGAGCAUCAUUUCAUGUACCUCUUGGCCAUCUGUAUGUCGUCUUUGGAAAAAUAUCCAAGUCCUCUGCCCAUUUUUUUAAUUGGGUUGUUUUUUUUUGAUACAAGUUGUGUAAGUUCUUCAUACAUUUUGGAUAUUAACCCCUUAUCAGAUGUAUGAUGUGCAAGUAUCAUCUCCCACUAAGUGGGUUGCCUUUUCAUUUUGUUGAUGGGUUUCCUUUGCUGUG